GCGAGCGCAAGCUGUUUGCAUUCCAUCAAUUCACCUGCACAUGACUGCAGCCACUAUGCAAGUCAGCCGGAAAGAUUUUGAAAAGGCUCAAGAACAACUGAAGCUUUUGAAAGUGGAUCCUGGCAAUGAAAUGAAGCUGGAACUCUACGCUUUGUUUAAACAGGCUACUGAAGGUCCCUGCAAUUCUCCAAAACCAGGUAUGCUGGACUUUGUCAAGAAAGCCAAGUGGGAUGCAUGGAAUUCUCUUGGCAAUUUGUCUCAGGAUAACGCCAGACAGAAAUAUAUUGAAGUUGUCUCAAGUCUGGUCUCUGCAGAAUCUGCUGGCCAAAAGAAAGAUGCUUUUCCAGAAGAGAGCAGACAAGAUGGCUAUGAAACACUAUUAGUUACCACCAAAAACAAUAUCACAAAGAUAAUGUUUAACCGACCUGAUAAGAAAAAUGCCAUCAACCAUAAGAUGUACAGAGAAAUUAUCAAAGCUCUUGAAGAAGCUGGAAAAGAUGAUUCUACCAUAGCAGUUAUUACUGGAAAUGGAGACUACUACAGUAGUGGGAAUGAUCUGGGUAAUUUUGGUCAUACCCAGCCUGGUGCAGUGGAGAAGAUGGCAGAAGAUGGAGCAGUAUUACUCAAAGAGUUUGUGGGUCACUUUAUUGAUUUUCCUAAACCACUGAUUGCAGUGGUCAAUGGCCCAGCUAUUGGAAUCUGUGUAACGCUCCUUGGAUUAUGUGACAUUGUCUAUGCUUCUGACAGGGCUACAUUUCACACCCCAUUUGGUCAGCUUGGACAGAGCCCAGAAGGAUGUUCCUCUUACCUGUUUCCAAAAAUCAUGGGCUUAGCUAAGGCAAAUGAGAUUUUACUUUUCAAUAAAAAGCUAACUGCAGCAGAAGCCUGUGCUCAGGGACUGGUGACUGAAGUCUUCCCUGACAGGACUUUUCAGAAGGAAGUUUGGGCAAGAUUAGAAGCUUAUGCAAGCCUCCCCAAAAAUGCCUUGGCAGCCUCAAAGCAACUGUUACGAAGUAUAGAUAAAGAGAAGCUCCACGCAGUCAACAGUAAGGAGUGUGAAGUCCUGAAGGAGAGGUGGUUAUCUGAUGAAUGUAUGAAUGCUCUUGUCAGCUUCUUUCAGAGGAAAUCAAAACUCUAA